AUGGCUCCCAAGGCCUCGAAACCGUCACGGUGGACAGACGAAGAAGUUGCGUUUCUCCUAAACUAUGGCGACGAAUGCCUGCACGACAAGAAGAAUUUCCGGGAUACGAGCGAAGUUGCAUUGCUUGCAUUCACUGGACGAGAGGCGACCAAAGCCACUAUCGCCAGAAAGAUCACAACCUACUUGAAGAUGUGUAAUCCAGACGCCGUCUUUUCGGAUUUCACAGAACAAGGCCUUCGAUGCAUUGAUGCAAGCGUACUUUCCGCGAGCAUAUUGACAGCGCUGCGUCAGCAACGUCCAACACACAUUGGUGAUCUACAGUUCCGUGAGACUGAAGAGCCAUCAGGACCUGCUGAAGGCGUAAUGAGCGGUGGGAGACAGCGCACUCAGAAGUCGUACCGCGAAUCCUCAGUUGCCGAAUCCGAUUUGUCAAAAGAAGACCCAGGAGACGCAGAAUACGUGAAUGAUGCUGCGCGCGUUAAAGGCAAGAUGCCUUCUGACAGUAACACUGUCGCCGUGUCCCAGGCCAAAAAACAUCUCGAUAAUCAUGUGUCCGCGGGCGGACAAAUCGAGCCAAAGAUAAGCAGCAAGGCGGCAGGAAAGCGGAAGGCCUCUUCAUCCGAAGUGUUUGAUUUGGUCAACGACAACGACACAGCGCCUCCCCCGAAGCGACCAGCCCACGACAAAGGACUACUUCCGACAUUGGAGUCAUCGAACUCUGGCAACACUCAGACUCAGGGACAAGCUCCUCUGUCGCUUGCCUCAAUCAACGAUCAAUCAGAAGAUAUCUCAAGAGAUAAGCGUGCAGAUAAACCCUGGGUCCAGUCUCCUGGAGAAUCUGAGCCUGAGCAAAUCUCGGAAGGCAACAUAUCUCUUGUAACCCGUCACUUUUGGGGGAACAAGUAUGCUGCUGAGGGCGCAUCGCAAGCGGAAUGGCAGAAUCGAACCGAUAUCGAAACUCUCCAGAGACAGUUGAAUCAUCUUAACUCACUGGUCAUGUUCAAGUUGAAGAGGGACUUGACACAUGAAGAGAUUUCGGACACAGAAGUUAGGAUUCUCCUCGAGAGGGUCGAUGCCGAACGGAUAGGAGGUCCGGCGAGAUUGGCCAGAGAGCUACUCGAUAUCGCGAACGACUGCCGAGCAGCCAAGGACGACGCGUUGGAUACCCUCAAAGCAGCUUUCAAUUGGCACGAACCUGGUACCACGCUCAUGCAUCCACCUAUUCCCACAGCAAGGGAACUGGUCAAUACUUGGCGCGAUGCUGAACAUGGAUAUAAGGAAGCUUUUUCAAAUGUGCUUGCAUAUUCGAUCCAAGGGGAGGUUCUCACCGAUGUGUCGGCUGGUUACGUUGCAUGUGCCAUUGACGGUCUACUGGCGGACUCUAGCAACCCGGUAAGGUCGAACCUGAUGUCUGGUCUCGGCAUCCACCUUCAGAGCGGACAUGCUAUGCGGGCUUUGAUGAGCGCGCUCUUCUGCCGCUGGCUCUUUGAUACACCCGACGAAUUAUGUGCAGAUCAUCACAGUAUGCCGCAGCUUCUGCAAUAUCAGACUAUCGCCUUGAGUGAUGGCUUACCGGAAGUACAGCGCCUUGACAAGGUCGCCUUUAGUGCGUUCUUCGCGACUGAACACUACAAGACAACUACCUUCCCUAUAGUAGUUAAGUCCUUCCUGAAGCAUUUCGACAUCAUCACUAAAGUUUGCCCCGGCGCCCUGGGUCUCAACAACACUGGAAAUCCAAGUCACUGGGCCGCGGAAGUCUUGAAGCUCAAACAACGCCUCAUGAUCAGUCCUCACGACUAUCGAGUCUACUUCUGCCAUCCCGGGAUCCCAUUUGACCGUGAAUGGAUGAAAGCUGAAAAUCUCGAAGGCGAAACGCUCAAGCCAGAAGAAGUUGGGACCAGGAAAGUUCGCCUAUGCUUGUUCCCUGCGCUUGUCGAGCAGGAUGCCGAGGAGUUCGAUGAGGGUCAGCGCAUGGAAGACGCACUCUUCAAGAACAAGAAAUUCCUACCUUCCUGGGAGGACAGGAGCAAAUUCGACGUGAAGAGAGUGAGGGGAAAGGCGGCUGUACUGGUGGAGGAAGCAGAAGCGUAA